CCCAGCGCCGCGGCCCUGAGCGGCAGAGACGGCAAUAGGCAGGAGUGAGUGCGAGCCGGAGCUGGAGCAGUGCACGGCGUAAUUCCUGCUCUGUGAUCACACACUCCAAGUGAAAAAACCGGGAGAGGGGGCACAGAGAGGCAGUGACCGGCUCAACCUCUGCAAGCGGCUCGGGACAGAACGUCUAUAGAUAUUUAUAGAUACUAAAACAAAAACAACCUCACCCUGAAUUGAGCCUUUCUUAAAAAGAAGGUCCUGGCAAUUCUGUCUUAUUUAAGCAAUUUCCUGAGUCUAAGAAUAGAAAUGAGCUGCCUGGAAGGCACUGCAGGCUGAAAUUUGGAGGCAUAGGCUGCUUUAUUUUAUUUUUCUAAAUGUGAAAGCCUUUCGUUUGGAUACUGGAUUUUUAUGUGGGUCUUUGCAGCGGAGGGAUGUAUGGUUACUUUUAAUUCUACUUUUUUUUUUUCUGCUAAUUAAAAAAAAAAAGCCUUCCAGUUAAAAAGCAAGGAAGCUGAUUUACCUGCGUGUGAGAAUCCCAGAGGACACCGAUCAAGAAGCAGGGGAGUGACUUGGUCUUCUGCACUACUUUACUCCUACCCCCAUUUUUUUUUUAGGGGGAGAGAAGGAUUUUUCCAGUCCAAGAACCUCGUGCCCCCAAGUUUUGGAAGGGGGCUGAAGACUUGUCACCCAUCUGGGGGUGCAUGAAGGGCGUUGUUUUCCUUUCUCUGUCACCUUGGUUCGGUGGAGGUUUGGAAGAGAAGUUUCGGUGGGAGAAGAGGAUGGUGUGGAAGUGGCUGGGCGCCCUGCUGCUGUUCCCGGUGCAGAUGCUGUACCUGGUGGUGAAAGCCGCCGUGUGCCUGGUGCUGCCGCCCCGAAUGCGGGACCUGUCCCGGGACAGCGUGCUGGUGACCGGCGGGGGCCGCGGCAUCGGCCGCCACCUGGCCCGGGAGUUCGCCAGGAGAGGAGCCAGGAAGAUCAUCCUGUGGGGUCGGACUGAGAAGUGCCUGAAGGAGACCACGGAGGAGAUCAGGAUGAUGGGGACAGAGUGCCACUACUUCAUCUGCGACGUGGGCAACCGCGAGGAGGUGUACCGGCAAGCCAAGGCCGUGCGCGAAAAGGUGGGUGACAUCACCAUCCUGGUGAACAAUGCUGCUGUGGUGCAUGGGAAGAGCCUGAUGGACAGCGACGACGAUGCCCUGCUCAAAUCCCAGCACAUAAACACCCUGGGACAGUUCUGGACCACCAAAGCAUUCCUGCCAAGGAUGCUGGAGCUGCAGAAUGGGCACAUUGUUUGCCUGAACUCUGUCCUGGCCCUGUCAGCCAUCCCUGGUGCCAUUGACUACUGCACCUCCAAAGCCUCAUCCUUUGCUUUCAUGGAGAGCCUGACCCUGGGGCUGCUGGACUGUCCUGGAGUGAAUGCCACCACAGUCCUGCCCUUCCACACCAGCACAGAGAUGUUCCAGGGCAUGAGAAUCAGGUUCCCUAGUCUUUUUCCUCCUCUCAAGCCAGAGACAGUGGCAAGGAGGACAGUAGAAGCUGUUCAGAUGAAUCAAGCCUUCCUGCUCCUUCCAUGGACAAUGCAUGUUCUUGUUAUCCUAAAAAGCAUUCUCCCCCAGGCAGCACUUGAAGAAAUCCACAAAUUUUCUGGGAGCUACACCUGCAUGAACACUUUCAAAGGACGAACAUAGACCUGAUGGCACAAGGACUGUUCUGCAGUGAACCCAGCACAAGCAGGAAAAUCCUCCAGGACUGAAUCAGCAAGUCUUGGCUUUCAGCCUGUUCAUGUGACUUGUGCUGCUCUGAGGCAACACAUUUCUUGCAGGUCAUAUCCAUAGUAACAUGAUCUUUGCACAGGAUUGACUGAGUGGACUGUGGACCCUUGGAAAGAAAACCAGAAAGUGUGAAAUGUUUCUAUGGUGUUUAAUUCUUUAGAGUUCAAUUGUUAAAUCUACUCAUAGUUUUAAGAGAUGAUUUUUGUUUCUGAAGUGUCUGUGGGCUGUUGCAGUGGAGAGGCAGCACAUCCCACCCCAAACACACUUUGUGCCCUCUCUGCAGAGGACCUGCCAUUGGUUUCAUUUCAGCUUUUUGAAUGGGGAACUUCAAAAUUACUUUGAAGAACUAAAAGAUGUGGACAUUUUAUGGAUGCUUCCUUCUCUUUCUUCACUUCUCAUCCCAUGAUGAAGCUGUUCCCAGCACACACUGGGGAAGGAGAAAACCACUAAUGUUUUCUUUGCUAAAGGCCACCCAGGACUUCUCCUUCUGGGCCCAAAAAAUCUGUUGUACUUCCCCUGUGGAGGCUGGACAGGAGGGCUCAGGCAGCAGUGCUGAGAGUAAAUAGUGGAAGAUUCUUUCUGUCACUGAACUCAUGUGUGAAAUUGUCAUUCUGAUUUUUUUUUUUUUUUGUUCAUUUAUGAUAAAAUAUAAAUAUAUUUUUAGCGUUAAUCCCAGAUUGCCACACAUGUAGGCAGCAGCACAUUGGGGAUGAACUAAAUCUAGAACUAAAACUAGAGCCUGCUUGUACAAACAUACAUUCAUAAUCCAUGCAGAGGAAAAUCCAUUGUAUCAAUCUGCACAGUGAAGUGGAAUAAGCUCUAAGAGACAGCGCUGUCAUGCUCAUGAGAUGUGAAAUUUGGGAGCACAUUUAGCAAAGACCUGAUUUAAUGCAUUUCAAAUCCAUCUGGGAAUAAAUCCAUUGUGCUUUAGGGACAUUGAGUUAGGCACUGUUCAGCCAAAAGUGAUAAAUAUGCUUGUACUGAGGUGCCAGAAGCAGCUAGACAUUAUUUAUUUUUGUAAUGAAAUAUUCUCUUUGACAGCCUAGGAAGGGCAACACUGCAUUCCUGUACAAAAUGCAGUGAGCAGCACAUUGGAGCACCACUAACAGAGGAAUUAAUGGAAUUGCAAUGCAGGAAGUAGCAAGUCUAACUGGAGACACCUGAAUGAAGUGCCUCAAGGAUGGAUGUGUGAUUAAAGGAAGGAAUUUAGGGCUCUUGACUCAAAUUUUGAGCUUUUGCAUAGAUGUCCUGUGUGGCUUGGGGCAAAAUGCAUCAUCUGAAGAGCACCCUGAUGUGCAAAGCAAAUAUUUCCAGUGUUCCCCUACCUCAGAAUUGCAAGUCUGACUACCUAAAUGUCUGUCAAGAGGUCACAAAUUCAAAUGCAGCAUGUUCUAGAAAGGAAAAGCAGCAUUCAUUCAUAGACCAAGAGGUUCUAUACAAAAAUUUAGAUAAGGAGAAAACCCACAAGUCAGAAUACAUAAUGUCCUAAAAGACAUCUGAGGUACAGCAGAAAAUUUGAGAGCUGUGUUUAAAACACACCUUUGGUUCUGCCAUGCAGAGGUGCAAGGUGUGAAUGUUAAAGCCAGGUCUGACAUUACUGCAAAUGCAGUAAGUGAUUUCAUGGAUUACAUGGCAAGUAAAUGUGAGGGAUUUCUCCCCUCUGGAGCUCUCCAAGAAGGAGAUGCUGCCAGAGGUGCCACUGUUGAAGUCCCUGUGCCUGGGUGAGUGUUUGGAGUCUCUGCCUGAGUCAGUGCAGAGCUGUAACCUGGAGCACUGUGACACCUCUGAAUGUGUUCCCUAAAAUGCUGUUUUCCUUGGAUUUCCUGGGUGUCUGGGGUUCUCUGGAGAGGAUGAAAAGAAACUUCAAUCUCUCUGAUUUUGACACCUACCCUAAUAGAUGCUUCCAGCUUUAUUUUUGUCAGUUUUUUUGAGAAGCCCAUCUCAGUGAAAAGUCAGGUGCCAUGAGGGGAGAACCAUUCCAGGAUCUGCCUGGAAUGCUGAAGGUACCAGGUGUAUCAGGAGAGGUUUGGGAGAGGAAGGUAUGGUGAUAGCAGCUUCCCUGUGUGCUCUCUGAUCCAUUCCAGUUCCUCACUAAUCCCAGCUGGGUGUGCCAGGCUUGUAGCUGCAGGAGCAAACAACCGUGGUGAAAGAGCAGUGUUGCCUUAAAUUAAACCUCUGUGCUGGGAUUCUGUUUAUUGGUAACUUCCUAGUGCAGAUGUGAGGAAAUAACACACUCUGGAAUCGCCAUUCAUCCCCAAAUCCUGUCCCUUAAAUAGCUCUGCUCUUUCCCUGCACCACACAAAAGAUGUUCCCUAUCUCCAGAGCUGUCUUACACACUAAGUGCUGUUGAUUCCUUUCUGAUGAAUAUAAACAAGUCAGAGCGUGGCUGAGACUCAUCACCUCUCUCCUCCUGCACACACAGAGCUCCUUCCCUCUUUCCCCAGGCCCAGAGUGGACAGCAGGUCAAAUAGCAGUCACAGUGGGGGAGAGGCUUGCAGCAAAAGAAAAUAAUGAGGAAAGCAUUGACUUUGCUUUUCAGAUAGCCAGGAAGAUUUGGGUGAGAGUUUCUUCCCUAGUGAGUGUUGUGAGACAAUGUGGUCUCCAUCCAGCAGGCAACUGCAAACGUGGAUGGAGACACUGAAGACUUUUUUUAAUAGAAAGGCUCCUCUGGAAUCCUGCUGAGGUCUGCUGGGACCUUCCCACAGAAGGGGAGUGUUGGGUAAUCCUGAAGUGCUGCAAAUGUGGACAAGCUUUGCUGAAGCCCAAGGCCUUCUCUGAGGAAUUUCCGCCCUUUGACUUAUUUUAAUUUUGAUUUUCCCUGCUCUCUUUGCUGCCUCCUGCUCUCCACUGCACAUUUUUUUUCCCUUCUGUUUUCCUGUGUCAUCACUGCACUUUUCUGUGCCACCAUCUUGAAGCCAGAUGUCAUCCAAGAGUCUGGAGUGAAUUGAGAUGAGAUUGGGGUAUCCAUUUAUUAUCCUGCUGCAGGAAUCCAGGAGCAGGUCACAGGAGUUUUACUUGCUCCAAACUCUGAAGAAGUAAAAGACUCCUCACUAUCACUCUUAUACAGGAGAUUGCUGCUGGUUUAAAAUUUGAAUGAUAGAGAAACAUGAGCUGGUUUGGGACAUGUUCCCCUGACAAAAGGCCAGAUUUAAAUGGGAGGAUUUUUCAGUUCAAGCUGGCUCCAAGGGCUGCUGUUUAUAUGAAGUGAUUUCCAGAAUUAGCAAGGACAGGGAGAGGAGGAGCCUCUUGUAUCUGAUCCCUCAUGUUCAAUAUUUCAUUUUGCAGUUUUUGAUGAGAAAAAAUUGCACCCUCAGGUACCCUUGGUGAACUUUAAAAAGGUUCUUCCAGCCAUGUCCCUGCCAAUUUUCAUAUUUUCAGCUGCAUGACAAAAAGGAGUGGGCCCUGAAAGUGGGAGCUGUACCCUCCCCACUCACCCAUUGUUCUGUUGAGGUUAAAAAGCAAUAGAGUCUGUCCCUCAAGUUCUUCUAGAACUGCACAGAAAGUGCCUGGGCAAGUGUUUCUGAUGUUUGCAGAGAAACUUGUUGUACUUUUAUGUAAUGUGUUAAUUAGUGUGGGUGGGUAUGAUCAGAUCUAGUCUUGCAAGCCUUUCCGACAACUCCCUGAACACUCCCACCUUCAGAUAUUAACAGAUAGCGCUUGCAAAAGCUCCUGAAAAGCCAGGAGCAGACUUGGUGCAGGCAGAGCAUAAGUGGGUGCAUGUGUUCAAAGAGAACACAUCUGCUUGUGGCAGACAUGAACGUGGCCUAGUGCCUUCCUCGAGCUCAAAUGCAACUGUUGGGAAAAGAAUAAGGGUGAUCUUUGGAUCAUCUCUUUUGUUUUUAUUUCUUCACAUGGCUUUAAUAAAUUUAAUCUAGGUGACAGCCA